AGCACAGAGAGGGAGGGAGCGAGGGAGGGAGGGAGCGCCAUUGGACUGGAAUAAACUCGAAGCUUUCAACUCCCAGUUGCUAGUUUGCUUCUGCUUUCAUGUUUAGCAGAGGCGUCAAAGUAAAUUAUUUUAUUUCUCAGCCAAAAACCCACUGAUCGCUCCUAUCUUUUAAAGUCUUGGAUAUUUUCUGGAACCAUGAGAAAUUCCCUUCUCUUUUUUAACUUCUUAGCACUUGUUCUUGCUUGUACACUCAAGUUUCAAGCUCAUGCGGCUCCUCCAGCGCCAUUGAUCAAACAAUUGUCAUCUAUUCUUAAAUGGACCAGGGCAUCCUCCAAAAUUCCCCAAUCAGAUGGGAAUGUUCUUCAGUUUGAGAAUGGAUACCUGGUUGAAACUGUCGUGGAAGGAAAUGAGAUUGGAGUGGUUCCUUACAGAAUCCAUGUCUCUGAGGAUGGCGAACUUUUUGCCGUUGAUGCAGUUAAUAGCAACAUUGCUAGGAUUACUCCACCAUUAUCUCGAUAUAGCAGGGGAAGGUUUGUUGCUGGGACUUUUCAGGGUUCUACAGGGCAUGUGGAUGGAAAACCUAGCGAUGCUCGUUUUAAUCAUCCCAAAGGCAUAACCAUGGACGAUAAAGGCAAUGUGUAUGUUGCUGAUACCUUGAACCUGGCCAUCAGGAAGAUUGGGGAUGCUGGUGUGACAACCAUUGCUGGAGGGAAAUCAAAUGUUGCAGGGUACAGCCAUGGCCCAAGCGAGGAUGCGAAAUUCUCUAAUGAUUUUGAUGUAGUAUAUGUUCGGCCUACCUGUUCUUUGUUAGUUGUUGAUAGAGGAAAUGCUGCUCUUCGGCAAAUCUCUCUCAACCAGGAGGAUUGUGAUUAUCAGUAUAGUUCAAUUUCUCCUACAGAUAUGCUUAUGGCUGUUGGUGCUGUCUUGGUAGGAUAUGCUACAUGUUUGCUUCAGCAAGGAUUUGGGCCUUCAUUUUUGUCAAGAAUGCAGCAACUCUCAGACAGUGAAUUUAAGGAUCAUUCAAACCAGGAAAAGUCCACUCCCAUCGUGGAGAGCAUAAAAGAGGAGUCGGGAUGGCCAUCGUUUGGGCAGCUCAUCAUCGAUCUGUCCAAGCUUGCAGGCGAAGCAUUGGCUGGCAUACCCCUUUACUUCAUGCCUUCUUGUUUCAAAACAGAUAGCUCCAGGAUUGGCUUUACUCCAUUAAAAGACUCUCUCCGGAUGCCUGAAGAUGAAGUUGGGCCCACGGUAGUCCAGGGGCAGAGGACUCCUGCAUCUCUUUCUGAAAAUCGACAGGCCCAUACUUCUAAUAGAAGCGAUAAAUACUCCGAAAUGAAGCCUCCAAAGAUCAAAUCAAACAGUUUUAAGGAUUCCUCAUUGUCAAGCAAGCAAAAUUCUUCAAAACAACAAGAGCAUGCAGAAUUUUAUGGGCCAGGUGAGGCUCCUCCUUAUAGCAAGUCUAAGAGCCAGAAAGAAAGAACAAGGCAUCGACAGAGAGAUAAAAGUGGAGAAAUGGUUUUAGAAGCGAUGGGGGCAGCACCAAAGCCUUCAGUGAUGAAUGCUGUGCAUUAUGUCGAUCCAAAGUUUGACCAUUAUAAUAUCAGGAGUAAGUAUGUGUCAGACAAUUCCUUCCGAUUUUGAUCAAACAGUUCAGUACCUUCCUUUCAAAGUUAACUUAUUUUCCACCCCCUCCUAGAUGUAGUAAUUUUUUUUUUUUUUUUUUUCCUUUCAUCUGAUCUAGUCUGUAAUAGAACCGAUACUGUGAGCAAGGAUAUGUGUUUUUUUUUUUAAGAGAUCGCAGAAAAUCUUGGUCAGGAUGCUGCAACACCUGUUUGGAGCAGCAUUGCAUGGACUAUUGUCUUUCUUGGAGUUACAUAGGUUAUUGUCUGUUUUAGAUUUAAAUGGGCGUUUGAUGUCUUCUGAUAGAAGCUCAGAAAUAGCAUUGUUGAGAAAGCCUGCAAAGGUUGAUGUU